AUGAGCGCUGUCGGCGAAGCGGCCGACCAGGACAUGAACGCCGUCCGCACCGCUCGGGAGAAGCUUCCGCAGCUUCUCAUGCAACUCGGCGUACGCCCGCGCGAUACGUUUAACUUCGACGAGACGGCGCUAUUUAUCUCCGUUCUGCCGCGCAAAACAUACGGCACCGGCAGGUCGGCGGGGCGGAAGGCGCCGAAGGAGCGACUAACCGUCGGAUUCCUGGUGAACGCAGAAGGCUCGCACGCCUUUCGCCCGCUCGUCAUCUCAAAGGCGAAACGACCCCACGAUUUCCGGCCGGACUACAAUCCGGAGGAGCUAUGCUACUGGCGCAACACCGCCAAAGGUUGGAUGACUUCCUCGCUAUUCACGCACUACAUCGAACAACUCGACGCCUCCAUGAACGCAGAGGACCGGCACAUCGUUGUACUGCUCGACAACGCAAGCAGCCACAAUCUGACAACCGAGGGCGCCGUGACCGAAGAUCUCUUCGGUUUCCGUACGCGUGCGCUCAAUAACGUGCGCCUGGUGUUCAUGCCACCUAACACCACCUGCUUCAUUCAGCCCCUUGACCAGGGGCUCAUUGCGAUGGCGAAGGCGCGGUACCGCCAGCAUUGGCUCCGCGCAUUCACGGGCAUGUGGACUGCCGAAGGCGCCACCUCCGCGGCAGCUAGGUUCAAACCGAACCUCCGUCUAGUGCUGGAGUGGCUUCACGACGCGUGGAUGAAUAUCCCGCGUAGCACCAUCCAGCGUUGCUGGUGGUGCACCGGUUGUCUCCCGCGCGCCUGGGCGAUGGAACUACCGCACGUGGAGCCAGGAGUUGGCGGCGGCCCCACGGCCGGAGGUGACAUUGGCCUGGACGAUGACGUCAACGACGUCGGUAGUCUCAUUGACCGGCUCGGACUCGGGCCCAGCGCGAUGCCCGCUGAGGAUUUUGUCGGCAUCGAUGCCAACCAGCCGACGUGCGCCGAGCCCGGUGAGGAUCCGUUGGCGACGGAGCCGCGAUCGGAACCGACGGCGGAGAUGUGGGAGGCGCCUGCGUCGACGCAGCCCCGGGACCUGUGCGCACUGUUUGACAUUCGUAACCCAAUCAUCAUCGCCCGCAUGGAGCGUGCAAGCCCUGCUCUCAACCUUAACGCGUCUCCGCCACCCGCCAUGUCGCACGAGGAAAGGCCACCGGCAGAGACUCCAUGUCGCCGUGGUCGCCUGCUGCCAGCGUGGAUAACGGUGCCGACCCCUGACUGGGUGGCCCAGUCUGCGCGCCGGCAGGAGCUCAUGAAUGCCGGUGCUCCCGCUGUGAUGUCAGGCUACUUGGCUGCCGCUGAGUGGAUGCGGCUGUGA